AUGGGUAGUCGCGGCUACAAUGAAGCGGAUGGGGCAGAGGUGCCUGAUCUGCCGCAGGUUGCCAUCUCCUUCUUGAUGUUCAUGCAACACUUUCCACUAGCUUGGCUAAGACCUCCCUACAAGAAGCCUGACACCGUCACCUUCUUUGAGGCGGAGGAGGCAGGAAAGCGUCAACUCGCAAGUCUUCUUGAUCUCCGAUUGGGUCAGCUGAAGUUUGCCAAUGCUCAGCAGCUGAAGAGUUGCUUCAAGGCACACUCAGGUCUGGAGUUAUCAUUUCUUCCUCGUCAGGUCAUCGUUUUGAUACAUCCAGAUUUGCGUCGUCUAAAGGCAACUGCUGAAAUCGUGCUCUGUCAUAGCAAGCCCCGGCGGACUCCUUGGUUUGGCACUGGAAGUCUUUCGGCAAGCGUGCUGCUGACAACAAGCUCAAUGCAGAACAAUAUGAGCUUUUUGGAGCAGCUGGACGUGCGUGGUCAGAAAGUCCGACAGUGGCCGCAGCUGGUUCAGGCCACGUGUCCCCAAUGCCGCGCCUCGAAGCCGCUUCCGGGGACGCCGCCCGCGGCCGCGGCGUGGCGUUGCAACGGCUGCCGUGGCGAUCCGGAGAAGUGCCGCGUGGCGCGGCGUGCGGCGGCCGCCUAUAGCUCCGGAGCGGUGAGAGCUAAAGGCACCUUGGAGUCGAUGUUGCUCUCCGCGAUCAAAAGAGGCCAUGCAGAAGCAGCUCUGCUUUGCGCCAAUGCUUUGGCACCUUUGGACUCCGCCGUCUUUCUGGAUGCGGCCCUGCGGGGUCGGCGGGCAGGCAUCGUCGCGACGAUCUUGAGCUUCAGCGCUGAAGAAACGCUGCCGAAGGCGUUGGGAGCUGUCGAAAGUCAUUGGCUCAACACUGGCAGAGAUUUCAGGCUGAUCCGACAGCAGUUACAGGAGGCCAGAGGUGCUUUCUUUUUGAACCCCAGAGAUGAGGCCCUCUCACAGGAUUUGACCCAACUCCUUCGGCAAGCUCCGGUUUCUUUGCCCCGGCCAGCUGUGCAGAGUGUUUGCUCCUUUGUGUUUUGCAGAGACCUCUCAGAGAACAUCCGAGGAACUCUGGUGCUGUUGGGGCUCACCGAAGGGAUGCACAUCCGAUCAUGA